AUGCGAUGGCAAGUUGCCAUGCAGCUACUGCUUGAGACGGCAACGUCCUUCCACGUGUCGAUAUUCUCCGCAACAGAGGCGAAGGGCUCCGGCGCCCCUUCUGAGAACGCCGUCUCCAUCUGUGCACAAUGGCCCAGAUGUUCAACCAGUGGUCUAGUUGAUCUGUUUGGACAUGCGCAGCUCGUCAGCGAAAUCAAGUCUUGGGCUCGUCAGAACCAUAGACUACAAGACGCAGUAUCCGCCACUCAUUAUCUCGUUCUUGCCAUAGGCUACCAGUCUUCCGAGGAAGACCUUGCAUCUUCCUACUUUGAAUAUGCGCGCAACAUCGCCCUUGCAAAUCUCAGCGGGAACAUCAAUGUCCCAACCAUUCAGACGGAUCGCCUGUGGAAGAGCCUGCGUGUCUUGGAUCUCUUCUUAAGUACAUCAAUGGGCCGGCCACCUGCAACAUCUGACGUGGAUUGCACUGUACCCUACAGGGAGUUGGACGAUAAGGGACAAGAAAUCUUCGAUCUACUCAAUGCCUCAGCGCAAAUAUUCUUGAUCACUGAAGGCAUCGUCGUAGAGGUCUACUCGAGAAGGAAGGUUUCAUAUCAAUUGACCGAGGGUAUCUCACGACAGCUACGAGACUGGUCCAUUCGGUGGUUACAGAGGCUAAAGGACACUGUUUCCGACACUCGAUCUGACCAUGAAGGAAAAAAGGUGACAGGAGCAUGCCAAGUCCUUUGUUCCUACUACUACGCGGUAAUCUUAGUCUCACGACCUUUCCUAAUGUAUGAAUUGCACAAGCGACUAGCCGACGGGGUUGCCGAGACACCAACGACAACUUCAGGUCUGACUUCUGGCAAGUCGAAACUUGCUGAUGCGUGUAUCGAUGCCGCAAGCUUCAUGGUCGACAUUUUAGUCGGCCUAGUCGAGAAAGGGGUUCUAAUAGGGCACAUGCCUUUAGUCGUCUCUUGGUUAUUUGCUUCAUCUCUUAUCUUGGGCGUGGGCCUCCUCGGAUCCUUUGGCCGCAUUUUGGAAAAGUACACGCGAAAUUCUAUAUUGGUACUAGAACAUUUUGCGAAAAUCGAUGCCCACGCCUCACAAUACUCGCUCAUUGCAAAGUCAUUACUCAACGCUGCUCUUGAGUAUUUGGAAAAGAAGGAACUCAGAGAGCGUAUGCAGCGUACUGAAAGCUCGUCACAGCUUUUCGGGCUUGUCCCGCGAGAAAGCACUGAAAGCAUCCACAACAUCCAAGCUUCAGCUACUGAGGCCAGUCCGAAUACAAGCACGGAUGGAAGCCUCCUGUCGAAGACAAAUAACUCCGCCUCUGGCUUUUUUGGACUUGGUUCGCCAUCUUUUGUGGACGUAGACGCGUCCCUCUUAAGCCUUUCAUCCUCCUUACCCAGAACGCCGGAUUUAUCUAUGCUUGAUGGAAGAAACGAGAUGGACCAUGGGUUUGGGGAUCUGAACUUGUUCCAGCUCCUCGACGGCGACGGACACAUUGAUCUUGGACCUUAUAUCUAA